GCCUAUAUGAAGAUUUUCCAAGGUGAAGAACUACCGCAACCAAAGUCUAUGUUGCUGGCUACGGCUGAAGCUAACAACCUUGCAGCUCUUGCAAGCUCGAAAGACUCUUACUCAAAACAGAUGGAACAACUGUGUGGCGGCGACACACCGUACUUAGCGCCGCAUAAAUUAGAAAAGAAACACCAGCAAGCCAUGGAAACCUCGUUGGCGAUGUCACACGGCACUCGGAAGAUGGGAGGCAGGGAAUUUAGCCAGGAAUACGCCAAGAGACUUAAGAAGGAGAUCGGUGAAGCAUUUGAGAACUUUGUUAAACUUAAUGACGGCAAAAACAUCUUUAAUGCUGCCCGCACUCCGGCCGUCUUCUUUACGCUAGUGGUUCUGGAAUACUUUCUCUCAAGUGUGUUCGGUUCGAUUGCAUUGGUGGCGUUUGUGCGCAUGUGCAAUCUGGUGAUAUGGUCCGGUCUGUUAGCUAUUGUCGUGUGGUCUUACAUUCGAUUCAGUGGGGAGUUCAGAGAAUAUGGAGCCAAGCUGGAUCACGUGGCAGAAGUUAUUUGGGACGAGGCAUUUAUGCCGGCAUACAAUGCUGCAUUUCAACGUGGUGUGCAAGCAGUGAUGGCGUCUCAGCCACAAUCAUCCAGGAAAACUAAUUGAUGAAAAAACAAAACUACGAGUUAAAGUCGAAUUUAAAAGAAGUUCAACUCGCGGGAAGUUCAACGGCUCUUACAGACUAUGCUCUCGCAACUACUUUAAGUAAAUGCGUCCGAAAAAUUAAUUGUGAAUAAGUCAAUCGCCGAUUGCGAAGAACUUGGAGAUAUUUUGGUAAUUGCCACAAAGUGGAGGUUAGAUGCGGUUUCCAGUUAGGUGUGGAAACAUUAACAAAAUAAUCUUUUAAUUUUUACUUCACCCUUGUAAAUGAACUCAGAAUUUGUUGAAUUCAUUUGCGCUCGAGCUGAACUGCGACUGAACUGGGUUGGAGACCAAGUCACGUACUUUCGUUUGUCUAUUUGUUUGUUUUAAUUAACUCUUGAAGUAAUUUUGGCAAGUAAUUGAAAACCGCUUGUUAGGAAAAGGGUACAAGAGGCAACAUAAAAGGCUGGCAAGCCAUCAUUUUUUCAGUAACUGUUGCUGAGUUUCG